UCAGCCACCCAGAAGCUGCUGCACCAUGACUGCCUCUGUGCUGAGUCUCAUCAGACCCCUGGCCAAUGUGUCUGGGCUCCUGCAAGUGGCUUCCCUGCUCAGCCUUGUUCUGCUGCUGAUCAAGGCCGCCCAGCUCUACCUACACAGGCAAUGGCUGCUCAAAGCCCUCCAGCAAUUCCCGUGCCCACCCUCCCACUGGCUCUUUGGACACUAUAAGGAGUUCCAAAAAAAUGAGCUACAACAAAUACUGAAAAGAGUGGAGAAAUUCCCGAGUGCCUGUCCUCGCUGGCUCUGGGGGUCAGAGGUCCAAUUCCUGGUUUACGACCCUGACUACAUGAAGGUGAUUCUCGGGAGGUCAGAUCCCAAAGCUCAAAGUACCUACAGAUUUCUGGCUCCCUGGAUUGGGUAUGGUCUGCUCCUGCUGAACGGGCAGCCGUGGUUCCAGCACCGGCGGAUGCUGACCCCAGCCUUCCACUAUGACAUCCUGAAGCCCUACGUGGGGCUCAUGGCCGACUCUGUGCGAGUGAUGCUGGACAAAUGGGAGCAGCUCAGCGGCCAGAACCCACUUGAGAUCUUCGAGCCCAUCUCCUAUAUGACCCUGGACAGCAUCAUGAAGUGCGCCUUCAGCCACCAGGGCAGCGUGCAGACAGACAGGAGCUCCCAAUCCUACAUCCAGGCCAUUGAUGACCUAAAGAACCUGUUUUUUUCCCGAGUGAGGAAUGCUUUCCACCAGAACGACACCGUCUACAGCAUGACCCCUACAGGCCGCAGGUACCUCCGGGCCUGCCAGGUGGCCCAUGAGCACACAGACCAAGUGAUCCAGCAGAGGAAGGCUCACCUGCAGAAGGAGGGCGAGCUGGAAAAGAUCAGCAAGAAGAGGCACUUGGAUUUCCUGGACAUCCUGCUCCGUGCCAGAAUGGAGAAUGGGGACAGUUUGUCCGACGCGGACCUCCGGGCAGAAGUGGACACGUUCAUGUUCGAGGGGCACGACACCACGGCCAGCGGCAUCUCCUGGAUCCUCUAUGCACUGGCCACACACCCUGAGCACCAGCAGAGGUGCAGGGAGGAGCUGCAGGGCCUCCUGGGGGAUGGCGCCUCCCUCAGCUGGGACCACCUGGACCAGAUGCCCUACACCACCAUGUGCAUCAAGGAGGCGCUGAGAAUCUACCCAACAGUGCCGGGUAUUAGCAGGGAGCUCAGCAAGCCGGUCACCUUUCCUGAUGGACGCUCCUUACCUAAGGGAAUCACUGUGUCACUCUCCAUUUAUGGGCUGCACCACAACCCUAAUGUGUGGCCAAACCCUGAGGUGUUUGACCCUUCCCGGUUUGCUCCUGGCACUGCUCGGCACAGCCAUGCUUUCCUGCCCUUCUCAGGAGGGUCCAGGAACUGCAUCGGGAAGCAGUUUGCUAUGAAUGAGAUGAAGGUGGCCGUGGCCCUGACUCUGCUGCGCUUUGAGGUGGCACCAGAUCCCUCCAAGGUCCCUGUUCCAAACCCAAAAGUUAUAUUGAGGUCCGAGAAUGGAAUCCACCUGCACCUCAUGAAGCUUCAGUAACCCAAUGGACAUGGACCAUCUCUCAGGGCCUCCUGCCUGCCAUCCCAUCUUGCCUCAUCUGCUGCUGCCUCCUGUCCAUGUCCUGCUUUCUAUGUGCCCACCUGGGCCAACCAACUUGCUGGCUCUGCAGUCAGAUUCUGACUUCUUUCCUGCUUGUUGCAGAUAUCCUGUUUUCUGUCCACCUGUUUCCACUCACCUGCAUUUCAACUCUCUACCCUGACAUGCUCUUUGUCCUACGUCUGUCUCCUUGGCCUGACAGUUCAAUGAAUCAUCCUUGUGUCUCCUGGUGGAAUCAUUCCUGCCUUUGGAACUACUGAAAACAUAAGGUGUUGACCAGCAGUGAAAAUCUUCCCAACCAGAUCAGCAGUGAUAAUAUGAGUGGUAGCACUCCCUUUUCCAUUUGUGAUUUUUGGACUUGUGAAUCCUGGCUGUGGAAGAAAUAGCACCAAAUACAGUCAUGCAUCACUUAAAGACAAGGAUAUUCACGACUGUGCAAGUAUCACCCAGUGCACUUCCAUUAUCCUCGUUGGCCUGGCGUGCUGCCAUGGAUGCUCAAGACAGCCUAGGGGACAAGGUCAUUUAUUGACAUAUGACUGCCAUUGACCAAAACGAAGUGACCAACACAUGACUGCAUUGUACACUGAUACAGAAGCAUAAAAUCCCCCUGCAUAACCUUGUCUCAGCCCUGCAAGCUAUCACCAUCAAGCUGGUGUUGGAUACCCAACCAAUCCUGAGGAUAUUCUCUGGUUCUGGAAUGCAUAUUGGGACACACACACACACACACACACACAAACACACAGGUGUAAUCCCCAUAAAAUCACCACCACCGAGACACUUAUGAACCAUCAUCAUCAUCUCUUGUGCUCUUCCCUUCCCUGUUUUGCUCCCUCUCCCUCCCCCUGCCCUGCUGAACACCUCUGAUUUAUAGUUUCCCUGCAUCCUAAUCAUGCUAGUUUCGUCUUUUUUUUUUUCCUGAUCCCUUGUAUGGUUUCUCUAUGUUCCUCCUAUAAGUGAAACCAUCUGAUAUUUUCCUUUUUCCUUCUGAUUUAGUUCACCAAGCAUAAUCUCUUCCAUUGUCAUCUAUGUCGCUGUGAAUGGCAAGAGUUUAUCUUUUUUGAUUGCCGAAUAGUAUUCUAUUGUGUAUCCAUACCACAUCUUUUUGAUUCAGUCAUCUGUUUUAGGAAAUUUGGGUUGCUCCCGGAUCUUAUCUAUUGUUAUAGUGCUGCAAUAAACAUAGGAAUGUAGGUUUCCUUUCAAAUUAAUGUUUUUGUGUCCUUUGGGUGGAUUCCUAGGAGUGGAAUUGCUGGGUCAUGUGGUAGCUCCAUUUUAGUAGUUAGAGUGUUCUCCACAGCUUUCCAUAGUGGUUGAACCAUUUUGCAUUCCUACCAGCAGUGUAAGAGCGUUCCUUUUUCUCCACAUCCUUGCCAGCAUUUGUUGUUGCCACUUUUUUUUUUUUAAUGUGAGCCAUUCUCCCUGGUGUAAGGUGGUAUCCAACUGUAGUUUUGAUUUGCAUUUCCCUGAUUAUAAGUAAUACGGAACAUUUUUUCAUGUUCCUGUUGGCCAUCUGCAUUUCCUCUUUGGAGAAGUGUCUUGUUAGCUCUUUUGUCCACUUUUUGACUGAAUUGUUUGCUUUAUUUUUGUUGAGUUGUAUGAGCUCUUUGUAGAGCUUUGAAAUCAGUCCCUUAGCAGUUGCAUGGAGUACAAAUAUUUUCUCCCAAUCAGUAGGGAGUCUCUUUGUUUUGGUUAUUGUCUCUUUUGCUUACAGAAGCUUUUAGCUAUUGUCUCCUUUGCUGUACUCUUUUCUCCUUCGUACUUCUCUUUCCUUU